AUGACAACAAGCACAAGGCUGCAGGUCAGUGAUAUGACGUAUCUCGGCACUCGCCUGGAAGACGUCAAUGUUGGGUGGUUCCCUCCAUCGCCUCACCCACACGGUCCCUACCAGACUACACCAGAGGGCAUCCCAUACACACAGAGGCGAAAUGUAGCAUUCAUGAGGUUCCCCAAGUAUUAUCCCUUCGUCGAUGUCACAGCUUCCAUGGCUGGCCUCAAGCGCUUCAAAGGGGCUGCAAAGGACUUGACGGUACCCAUCACUGACGAUAUGAGAGGAACACUCGCGAUGACUCCUUGGGUCACUGAAGAGCUCGUCAUCAUCGGCAUGGGCUAUCUCCAUCGCGACAUCCUCGAGCUGUCUGAUUUCAAGUCGCUGUUCUAUCUCAUGGGCCAUGGUGCCUGGCCCGCAGCGGAUCACACAGGACCUACGGUACAGUCGAUGCUGAUCCACUGCGCAUUUUACAUCAAGGAGCAGUACACACGCUAUGAGAAUUGGCGUUCUUCCAAUCCUCAGUAUCCCGUGAAAGAAGACGGUCGACCCUGGAGCUCGCUGACGAUGCACGACCUCUGCCAUGGCUGGCAUGAGCAAAUCUCGUCCAUGAACUACGUCCAUGAGAUCCAUGCAAACGCCAAAGAUGUAGCCCGAGAAGACGUAAAAGGAUCCUCGUCAUGCCGGAGCUUUGCUGGCGAUCUGAUUCAGAUGGCAGACCUCUCUGCUAUGGGCUGUGUGUUGGCAAAUUGCGACGGGUGA